AUUGCACUGUUGCGUCCUUUGACACGCUUAACCGUUUACGAAAACUGUUUCGCUACAUUUUUGAUGAUACUUUGAUCAGUUUACCAUGCCAAAUAUUUACAAAAGAUUCAGAAAAUUACGUCGAAGGCGUCAUAAUCGCACUUAGUAAUAAAUUACAUCGCGAUAGUGUGUGAAUUCGAAAAACUAAGCUAGUGCCGUGUAUCCAUCACAUAUAUUUGCUUUAUUGAUAUUCCGAGUGUCACAGGCCUUGUGGUGCCUAUGCAUAUCUUGAGAAUUUGGACAGUAUUCUAGAUUAUUUUAAGGACAUAAAGUUUCUCAUAUUUCGUUGUACCAUUCAUUAAACACUAUGUCAGAAAUAAUUUACCCGCAAGGGUGCAGAUCUGUUACGGAAGAUCUGGGUCCAGAUGAACUGAUUAGACGAUUAAAGACAUUAGCUCACACGUUACAAGCAAUGGGACAAGACGAAGGAAUGUAUCAACAGUAUAUACCCCUUGCGUUACAUUUGGCAGAAGAACAUUUUCUAAUGCAUCAAAGUAAAGAUGUACAACUCCUAAUUGCGUGUUGUAUCGCCGAUGUUCUAAGGGUUUACGCCCCUGAAGCUCCAUAUAAAGAUGCAGAACAGGUUAAAACGAUAUUCUUGUUUUUAAUUAAACAAUUGGCUGGCUUGAAAGAUCCUAAAGAUCCUGCUUUCAAAAGAUAUUUUUACCUUUUGGAAAAUUUAGCAUACGUGAAAUCGUUUAAUAUGUGCUUUGAAUUAGAAGAUUGCCAAGAAAUCUUCUGUGCACUUUUUUCUCUUAUGUUUAGAAUAGUAAACGACGAACAUUCUGGGAAAGUCAAAAGUUUUAUGUUAGAUGUUUUGUGCCCGCUUAUUACGGAAUCAGACAUUGUUAGCAAUGAACUUCUGGACAUUAUACUCAUGAAUAUCGUUGAACCAAACAAAACACAAAAAAAGAACGCGUAUUUGCUUGCAAAGGAACUAGUAAUUAAAUGUAGCGAUACAUUGGAACCUUAUAUUCAAGCAUUUUUUAAUCAUGUACUGAUUUUGGGCAAAGAGGAGAAAAGCUUACAAAUUUGCAAGAAAGUAUAUGAUUUGAUUUACGAGUUAAAUCACAUUUGUCCAAGCGUCUUGCUGUCCGUCCUUCCACAAUUAGAGUGUAAACUGAAAUCUUCCUCUGAAACGGAAAGAUUAGGCGCCGUGGCGUUAUUAGCCAGAAUGUUUUCUGAGAAGGGAUCGCAGUUGGCUGUACAACAUACACAGCUAUGGCGUGCAUUUUUAGGAAGAUUUAACGACAUCAGCGUAUCGAUUCGUAUAAAGUGUGUACAAUACUCGAUGCAUUUUUUACUGAACCAUCCUGAAUUAAGAAAGGAUAUUACUGAUACCUUAAAAAUGAGACAACACGACGCGGACGAAAGCGUUAGAUACGAAGUUGUUAUGGCUAUAGUAACCACUGCCAGAAGGGAUUUCGAAGUUGUAUCGGACAGCGAGGACUUACUCGAAUUUGUUAAAGAAAGAACCUUGGACAAAAAGUUUAAAAUCAGAAAGGAAGCAAUGGCAGGAUUGGCAAUGAUAUACAAGAAGCAUCUAAACGAUGCAGAUGUACCGCAAGCUACAAAAAAGGCUGUCACUUGGAUAAAAGACAAAAUAUUACAUGGCUAUUAUAUGGCAGGCAUGGAGGAUAGAUUAUUAGUGGAGCGGUUACUAAACACUUGUUUAGUACCUUAUCAGUUGCCAGCUAGCGAGAGGAUGAAGAAAUUAUAUCAUUUAUUAGGUACAAUCGAUGACCAUGCAUCCAAAGCAUUCGUUGAAUUGCAAAAACAUCAGCUCGCUGUGCGACGAGCAGUAGUGGAAUGGUUAGAAAUUGUAAAAAAGACAGAUGCCAGUGUCGAAGUGGUGGCCAAAAUUCAUCAGAUAUCUCGUUUUCUGCCAGAUCCUAUGAAAGUGCAAGAAUUUUUACAGAAAUUUAGUAAUCAUAUGAGAAAGGAUUCAGCAUUGUUGCAAGGAAUGGAAACAAUAGUUCAGCCAAAUGUUUCUUGUAAAGAAUGUGCAGAUACUAUAAGUAUGGUUCUCAAAAAAUUAGGUCAACCUGUCAUGACAAAUUUGUACUACAACACGAUAAAAAUGUUGUUGGAAAGAGUCAGUUCUGUCAUGAUAGACGAAGAAGCGAUUAGGGUUUUAAUCGGAUAUGUAUUAGAUUGUUUAAAAGGAGGUAAUGUAAUAGAAGAAGUUGGACUCAAUCCAAAUAAUGCGGGUGAAAAAGGUUUAAGGUUACUUGUGAUGCUUUCGUUCGUAUUUGGUCCACACUUUCUUCAUAAUGACAUUUUGAUGCAACUUGUUCAUCUCCUGGAAUUAGAGGAUGAAAUGGUGGCACCAUUGGUUCUUUCAAUUUUCACAUUCUUAGGAAAAUACAAACCUUUAUGUGAUGUAGCGCCAGAUAUUAUGAACCUCAUGGUUACGAUAUGCAAGAACUUUGCGGAAACGGGAACACCGAAACAAGCAAAACAGGCCGUUAGGUGUUUAUUUGUUAAUAUGACCAAUAUUCAUGAUACCAUUUUCCCUGAAAUUAUUGAGAGAAUUAAAAAUACUCUAACACCAACAUCCGAAUAUUAUCGAACAUCUAUAGUCACGUUAGGUCAUAUAGCUUAUAAUUUACCAGAAAAAUAUCAAGUACAAAUAAAAAAUAUGGUGUCCAGAAAAAUAGUCAAAGAGCUAUUAGUGAAGGAAAGCAGUGAACAAACUUCUGACACAAUCGACAGAGACUGGUGCAGAGAAGAUCAAUUACCCGAAGAGACACGUUGUAGAUUAGAAGGUUUGAAAUGUAUGGCACGCUGGUUAUUGGGCUUGAAGACUGAUGUACUCUCUGCGCAAAAAACCUUUAGAAUGUUGAAUGCAUUUGUAGUAAACAAAGGAGAUCUAUUACAGCAAGGUCGUUUAAGUAAAGCAGAGAUGAGUUGGUUGCGAUUACAAGCUGGUUGCUCGAUGCUAAAGAUAUGCGAGCAAAAAGGUGUUGGUGAUCAAUUUACAGCGGAACAGUUCUACAACUUGUCACAACUCAUGAUGGAUGAAGUCCCACAAGUACGAGAGGCUUUUGGUAGCAAAUUACAUAAAGGACUUGGAAGGGGAAUCCCAAAUAAAUGCUUACCAUUAGAUUUUAUGGGUUAUUAUGCCCUUGCAGGCAAAGAACAAAACAAAAGACUAAAGUGUGUUUUAAAAACUUAUAUGCAAACUGAUAUAAACAAAAGGAGGGAUUAUGUUAAGACAUUAUCUUUGGGUACCGUAGAGCGGGCCAUGGGUAAGAAACUAAAUAGUCAAUUGCCUCAUAUUCUUCCUGAUUAUAUGCUAGUAUUUGCUGUCCCUAUUCUUGCACACGAUCCUGAAUUCACAAGCCAUAUGAUGACGACUCAAUUAAAAGUAAUACAGCAAUGUUUAUGGUUUAUACUAGAACCUCUUAUAACAAAAAACGAAUACUAUUGCUAUGGUUUUUAUAAAAAUCUCAUAGAACGAAUGAAGAGCCAUAAAGAUGCUUUGAAGCCUGAAGAUAACGUCAUGAAUUAUAAACUGUGGGCUGUUUGUGAUUUAGCUAUGAAUGUGAUAUACACUAAGACAACAAAUUUCGAUAUGAAAGAGUUCCCAAGCGAGACACGAAUUCCUACUAUGUACUUCAAGCGUGCAGAUGAACUGUUAAGUAACAUCAGGAAUUAUUUGCCUGCUGAUAUGCAAAUAAACAUGUUGACUCCCAAAGGAAAAGGAUCGCUUCACAAUACACAUUCUGCUAGCGAAAGGCCACAGCGCAGGGCUAAAUCUAAACAGCAGAAAGAAGUCGGUAUUGGGCCAAAUGAAACUGAUGCAAGGCUGCAAAUUGGAGAAGUGGAAUGCAUUGAUGCACAGCCAGCAGAAGCAUCAGAAACUAGAAUUCAAUUACCUGGUAUAGAAGAUGAGAUCGAAGAACCACCAGCAAAGAGGGCAUUAAGAGAAUCGGAUAAAGUAAAUAAAUAAUUAAGUGCACGAACUGUAUCCAAGAGGAUGUUAGAAAUAGGGGAAAGACUUAAG